CUCAGAGAACCACACUCCUAGCGAAUUGCUUUGGCCAGGGAGCCCGCCCCUCUGCCACCAAACACGGUGGAAGCACUGUGGCGAGGCAGUUAUGCUCAACCACUUCAAGCUGCGUCAAACGCCUCACAGUUAGACAAAUCGGAAAUUACAGUCUAUACAGCCAUUUAAUGAAACUAUGUAUAGACGGUAAAGUACCUUGGUCAAACAAAUACCUUCGACAUAAAUAACUUUCUAUCUCGCAACCAUUUUUGCUGUAGCUAGUCACGUUUUGCUAGCUGGAGUUUUAUUUUGAAAUAUGACACCGGACGUUUUAGCUUAUGCACACUGUUAAACUUUACAAAUCCAUCGACAAGCCAGUCAUAUCUUCCCUCGUCGAGGAACUUCAGUGCCCAUACAGCACCUCACUGUGUCUCUUCCUCUCGCUUCAGUUUCUCGUACCUUUGCACCACCACCGGGGGUUCCGCCGGAACGCUCGCCGAAAGAAGAGCGACAUGGCCCGCGUGGUGGUUGAAGGGAUGCCGGAGACGGCCGCCGGAGGAGGAGGGAUGCUGAACCGACGGAAAAGCAAAGCCAGGCGGAGAAAGCGAAAGGAGUUGUUCGCCAUCCAGAUGUGCUUUGCCGGGGUAAUGCUCGGGCUUGUCGUAGGGCUCAAGUCUGUGGCUCAGAAAGCAGGAUAUUACGUUUCCAGUUCCAUGGUUGAGGAGGGUCUGAAGUGGGAGAGUCGUCACCUUUUGCAAGAAGUCUACGAAAAUGAUUCAAAGCUCUUCCCAGAGCCGGAGAAAAACUGCACAGACCCAGCAAUCCACGAGUUUCCCAGGGAUUACUUCACCAACCAGGAGCGUGUUGAUGGAGCAGUGGGCCUGCACGUCCUCUGUGCGGUCUACAUGUUCUAUGCCCUGGCCUUGGUGUGUGACGACUACUUUGUCCCCUGUCUAGAGAAGCUCUGUGAGCGACUUCAGCUGAGCGAGGAUGUAGCAGGAGCGACCUUCAUGGCAGCUGGAAGUUCUGCACCUGAACUGUUCACCUCUGUCAUUGGAGUUUUCAUCACGAAAGGUGACGUCGGGGUCGGCACCAUCGUUGGCUCCGCCGUCUUCAACAUCCUCUGUAUUAUUGGAGUGUGUGGCAUAUUCGCCGUACAGGCGAUCCAUCUCACCCGCUGGCCUCUGAUCAGAGACUCUACAUACUACACCCUGUCGAUCACUGCUCUCAUAGUGUUCAUAUAUGACGAAAAAAUUGUUUGGUGGGAAGCUCUGACGUUGGUUUUGAUGUAUUUCGUCUACAUUUUGAUAAUGAAGAUGAACUCCUACGUUGUUCGUUUUCUGGAGAGGCGGACGAAGAAUUCGUCCAGUCUGAGGAACGGAGUGGCCUCUAACGGCGAGCUUGAAGAUGGCUGUGACGCUACAUCUGUUCUACUGAAGAAAGCGAACCACCACAGGAAGCCGUCUGUGCUGAUGGUGGACGAGCUGCUGUCAGCCUACCCCCACCAGCUGUCCUUCUCUGAGGCGGGCAUGAGAAUCAUGAUCACCGACCACUUCUCUCCGAGGACCAGGCUCACCAUGGCUUCACGGAUGCUCAUCACAGAGAGGCAGCGUCUAAUCCACUCACGGACUUUGACCAAUGGUGACUCAGAUGUUCAAGUGAAAGGAGGAAGUAGGCGGGGCAUAGAGAAUGGGAUGUCCGGACCUGAGAGGGGGAUCGCCGUUCGCCGCGAGGACCGAGAGGCGGGUAACGAGACGGACAACGAGGACAACGAGAACAAUGAGAACGAUGAAGAGGAAGAAGAAGAGGAUGGAGGGGGGCCCUUUGUACCCUUCCAGUGCCCAGCGGGGGGGUUCAACAAGCUGAAGUGGCUGGUGGCCUGGCCUCUCUGCCUGCUGCUGUACUUCACCGUCCCCAACUGCUCCACGCCUCGCUGGGACAACUACUUCAUGCUGUCCUUCUUCUGCUCCACCCUGUGGAUCGCUGGCUUCUCCUACAUCAUGGUCUGGAUGGUGACAGUGAUCGGCUUCACACUCGGUAUCCCGGACGUCAUCAUGGGCAUCACCUUCCUGGCAGCCGGCACCAGCGUCCCUGAUUGCAUGGCCAGCCUUAUAGUGGCACGACAAGGAAUGGGAGACAUGGCUGUGUCCAACUCCAUCGGCAGUAACGUGUUCGACAUCCUGGUGGGGCUCGGGCUCCCCUGGUCCGUGAAGACCCUCGCUAUCAACUACGGCUCUGAUAUCAAAAUCAACAGCAAAGGUCUGAUCUUCUCCGUGGGGCUCCUGCUGGCCUCUGUGUUCAUGACUGUCCUGGGAGUUCACCUCAACAAGUGGACUCUGGACAAGCGCCUGGGUUUCACGUGUCUCCUCCUCUACUCCGUCUUCCUGUGUGUCUCCUGCCUUAUCGAGUACAAUAUCUUCACCUUCGUCAACCUGCCAACCUGCCGUGACGAUUAACACACACACAGACAAGUGCACACAUAUAUACUAUAUAAAUGGUGUUUGCAAAGAAUUCCUACACAUUCCGACGAUAGAAUUAGACCCAGAAGGUAUAAUUCUUAAUAUAUUUAACAGCGAGAAUGAUUUGCAAAUACCAUUUAAAACGCACUCACUUACCUGCUUUUAUGAGAAGAUGUCCCACUCUGCUUCUUUUUUUUUGAUGGCUGUUAUCUGCUGUGUCGGCUAGUUUUCGGGGCAGAGAUAGAAAUGACUGACGUGCCCUCACACAGGACAGAACUGAGGACAGGAGUCACCACUACUGCUUGCUCCUGACUUGAGGACCUUUAUUUUGAAACUCCCUGUAUUUAGGUGUGAAAGUAGUCAUGUUUACUAGCUGCUAACCUUUCCUGAGAGGAAAGGUGGGUCUUUUAGAUCUACUAGUGGAGAGUAAUAAUUAUAAAAGCAAUGAUGUAAAUAGGUGGGAGGGUGUAGAUUAGCGCUGUGGUUCAGAUAACGUUUUUAAAACACAGUUAAGAGUGCAAAUCUUCAGGCAAAGAACAGACAAUGGUAAGCAGAUGGGCCCGAUUUUCAAACACCAUUAUCUUAAGACUAUUUUAGAUUUCCAACAUGUGGACAUUAUUAAGUAUUUUUAGUGAAACAUUUUAAGAAACACAACCCCCACACAGAAUCAGGGCAUUAUCAAAAAAUAUUCAAAAAGAACCCCUCAGCGUAUUUUAAUUCAAGCGGUUAGGUCAAAAACGAACCCUGUACCUCCUCAUGGUUCUGUUUUCAUGCUUUACAAAUGUUAGUCUGUUUGGCCAAUCAUUGGAAAUGUCAGAGACAUUUUCAGGAAACGUUGCCAAUCACAGGUGAUUCCCAGCAUAGGGAACAGCUACCUGCAAAAAGACGAAAAGCAGGAAGACAAUAAGUGCUUCAGAGAUGCAUACGGAAGAUGAUUGGGGCAAUUAUUUUUGAGAUCUGGCCAAAAGUAAAAUUGCUUUUGAGUUCUGAUAAAAAAGUCAGAAUUCUGACUUUCUUUUUCAGAGGUCUGCACUGUGAUCUCAGAACUAAAAAAAAACAUAAAUGUUGCCGGAUCCAAAAAGAAAAUUCACAUGUGGCCCUUAUCAACUUCCGUAGGUUGGUAAAAGAAUGAAUGAAUACCAACAUUGACUCUCCAUCUCUCUACAGAUCUCUACAGUACCUUUACCUUCUUUGAGAUCAUGUUGCAGCACAGUUACGAUUGUGUCCACAUGGGUUUUUGGCGGAAAGGCGCCUCCUCGCAGAGUUCCAUCAAACUAACGCUCCUAACCUUUUUCAUUGAUGCUAUGACAAUGAUUUAUUGGCAAUGUAUCACCGCUUUUUUAUGGCAGAAUAGCAUCUACCUUUUGGAUUGUAUUGUCUGUUUUCAGCUACUUUAUAUUAGUUUGAUUUGAUUGUUUUUUCACCACACUAAAAGAUGCUAGCUCUCACACUUUGUAUGAAUGAGCUGCACCGCUCAGUCUGACAGCCGUAGAGGAAGAUCUGCGCUCAGCGAAAAAAGUACAAGGGUCCGCCAGACUGAUCGGUUCAAACAAACAGGCUUUUAGUCUUUGUUGUAAUAGUUUCCGUCUGAGAGACACGGUCAAAAACAAGCUUCUCCUCUAAUUUACCGUGACAUCACCUACGCUUGUCCGACAAAAAGCGUAGGAAAAAAGACGCUAGGUGCAACGCUGUUUCUCAAGGUGGCUGCAUGAAAAGCAUAAGCUCUCUCCUCAUUGGAAACGAUUGAAAAAAGAUGCUGCCGCUCAAAAAAAGCACUAUGUGGACACAAGCCGUUAGCCGCUAG